CUUUGGGCUGAGUUUCUGUUGCUUGCUAACUUAGGGCAUUUACACUGUGCUGCUCACUGGUGGUGUGGAGGCUGGGGCAGAACCAACAUCAACGUACUAAGCUAGAUUUUGGAAUACCAGCGUGUGUGCAUUCAGAGUGUUUUUAUUAAAGGGGAUCAAGAGCCUAGCACAGAUCUUAACUUCAUCACCUGACUGCAAAAUCAGAAGUUAAGAAGCAGCAUCUUAAAGGUACUUUUUAAGAGAGAGGUCUUGAGAUGGCUCUGAACAAUUGUUCCCACCUGAACUUGGAAGUGGACUCUUUCCUGUACUGCAACAACACCUUCAAUCAAAGUCUGAAUCCCCCCAAGAUGGACAACUGGUUCCACCCGGGAAUCAUUUAUAUCAUUCCUGCAGUUUAUGGGAUUAUCAUCGUGAUAGGCCUCAUUGGCAACAUCACCCUGAUCAAGAUCUUCUGUACAGUCAAGUCCAUGCGAAAUGUACCAAACCUGUUCAUCUCCAGCCUGGCUUUGGGAGACCUGCUGCUGCUGGUAACAUGCGCCCCUGUGGAUGCCAGCAAGUACCUGGCUGACAGAUGGCUCUUUGGCAGGAUCGGCUGCAAACUGAUCCCCUUUAUCCAGCUUACCUCAGUGGGGGUGUCUGUCUUCACCCUUACGGCACUGUCCGCAGACAGGUACAAAGCCAUUGUCCGGCCAAUGGAUAUCCAGGCAUCCCAUGCCCUGAUGAAGAUCUGUCUCAAAGCUGCCUUGAUCUGGAUCGUCUCUAUGCUGUUGGCCAUCCCAGAGGCUGUGUUUUCUGACCUCCAUCCCUUCCAUGUGAAAGAUACCAACCAAACCUUCAUUAGUUGUGCCCCCUACCCACACUCUAAUGAGCUGCACCCCAAAAUCCACUCUAUGGCUUCCUUUCUGGUUUUCUACAUUAUCCCACUAUCGAUCAUCUCUGUUUACUACUACUUCAUUGCCCGAAAUCUGAUUCAGAGUGCCUACAAUCUUCCCGUGGAAGGCAACAUACAUGUCAAGAAACAGAUCGAAUCCCGGAAGCGACUUGCCAAGACAGUACUGGUGUUUGUGGGCCUCUUUGCCUUCUGCUGGCUCCCCAAUCAUGUCAUCUACCUGUACCGUUCCUACCAUUACUCUGAGGUGGACACCUCCAUGCUCCACUUCGUCACCAGCAUCUGUGCCCGCCUCCUGGCCUUCACCAACUCCUGUGUGAACCCCUUUGCCCUCUAUCUACUGAGCAAGAGCUUCAGGAAGCAGUUCAACACUCAGCUCCUCUGCUGCCAGCCUGGCCUGAUGAACCGGUCCCACAGCACUGGCAGAAGUACGACCUGUAUGACCUCCUUCAAGAGCACCAACCCCUCGGCCACCUUCAGCCUCAUCAACGGAAACAUCUGUCAUGAGGGGUACGUCUAGACUAACCCUUCAACCUUGCCUCCUAAGGGACUCCAGAUGUUGUUUUAUGGAUGGCCAGAAGCCCUGGAAUCGGUUGUUAUCUCUGGACCUUCCGAAGACCCUUCAGGAGGCUGAGUGAUACAGAUGGGUAGAAGAGAUGACCAAAUGCUUCAACUACUAUUGUAUCUCAAAGUAAGCCAGUAGGCUUCGUUUUCCAUCUCAGUCUGGGAGGGCUUUUUCUGAUGGCGAUCAAAUUUUCCUUUAAAAAAGAAGGAACAAGUUGGAAAUUAUUAUUCAAAGCACCAAGUCCUGCUAUGCAAGUAUGGUCAAGUAAGUCAUAGAAAUUACAUGAACAAAGAGAGCAGAGAAACCACACAUUGAAUAUCUACUCUGUGAAAGAUUUUAUUUAAACAGAAGCUGAUUGCUUUCAAAACAUGGCUUGACUCUUUUUUUCCAGAAAUAUCUAUAAUAUGUAAACCAAGGGACAACUUUAAUUUACAUUCCUAAAAUAAGAAGCCAACUCUAAAAAAGAGUCCCAUGUAUGAGGAAUGGACUUCAUUUAUAACAUUAGAAGCCAGUGUAAUAUAAAACAAACCUCCAAAUAUUGACUUUUAAAAAGAUGUUGCUGAGGAGAAACACCCAAUAUAAAUUGUAAGGCAAAAUUCAACCAAACACAUAGGUCCAUGUAUGGAUAUGGAGUAACAGUUUAUGUUCUGACUUCUUGUUUCAUAGGAAUUCAGAUUGUUGUUAACCCAAUUCAGGCAAUUGUAGUGCUAUUCUGCCAUUUAGGAGAAAUCUUUUUGUGGGGAAAAUGUUCAUUUUAUCCAAGUAACAACUAUUUAUGAAUGUAUAAAGGAUGGCAUUUAUUCUUGGUAUAUAUGUUUUGAAUCCAGUACCUUUACUUAGGUUUAAUUGUGUUUGCUAUGGUGAAGCAGGAGUUUCAAUACGAAAAAGAUCAUAACUGUAGAGAAAUUAAACCAUGUUUAUAUUGGAUGUAUAGUUCUCCUAAAAUGUGUGGAGGAAAUUAACUUAGUUUUAUUAAUGUGAGUUUGUGUCUGAACAUGUAUAAAAAAAAACAGUCACAGAAAGCUUAAAUUUUUGACCCAACCAAAAAAGGUAUAUAUUUGUUUCUAUUUAAAAAGAACAUGUAUGAAAUAGCCCACAUGCAGAUAAAGACUGAACCGGUGGCUCCAUCUCUCUCUAAAUGCAUAGAAAGCACUCUGUAAAGUUUGGACUAUCUUACUUGAGAAAUCCUUCUUUGACUUUUUCUGAACUUAAAGAAGGGCCAAUUCUGACAGACUGUGAAUAUGCAGACUCACUUGACUCUAACUCCAAGUUGUACAAGUGUUUCUUAAUGUGUAUCCCUUAAAUCCUAAGGCAAUUUUAUUUCAAGCUUUCUCUGCCUGGGUGAGAUAUAAACAGCAAGCACAUAGCACAUAUAAAAAGCUUUCUGUCGGUUGAUGCGGGGAAGUACUGGCUGGCUGUGGAGCUUUAGGCAUUAGAACCAAGUCAGUGUAAGGAUCUGUGCUUACAAUUGUACCAGCUGGAACCAAAUCUCUUCAUUCCCGUGUUCUCUGGGCUUUUAUGUACUAUAAACACAAGCUUUCCUGGUAGUCCUUAAUUACAUUGCACUGUUUGAAAAGCGAGACAGACAGCAGAGGUAAAAAAAAAUCAAGAAGACUUGCUAUCCCAACAUCACCUCUGGCUAUAUGACUUGGUUAUCUGCUUUCCCUCCUCUAGGCUCCCAUUUCAUGUUUAAAAUGAGAAGACAGAGCAAAGUCCCUUCUAUUGCUAAGAUCCCCCGUGUCUCUUCAUCUCCUCCAGUUCUGUCUUGAAAGCACAUCCAUGUGGCCCAUCUCCUUACAGUUAGUACACUUCUGCUUCGCUUACAACCAGAAGUCACUGGAGACCCCUUACCCACUCUUCCAUGCCCCCGUGUACAUGAGUGCGAUGAGAGAAGCUAGGUUGUCUGCUACCCAGAGACUUUUUGGCAUCACUCACAUGAGUAAAGGUCCAUGAGCUUACAAUGUUUUAGAAUUAGAGCUGAAAGCUACAUAAGAAAAUGUAAGGCUCAGUCUUCUCACUAUUCAAAGGGAGCUCUUGCUCUUUGAUCUUCUUUAGCUUUCAUACACCUGCUCUAUCAAAAUCCUGUGUCACAAUUUGCUCUUUUGCCUCAACCCCUCAAAACCCAUGAGCAUAAAUGGCUUCGUGUCUAGGUAGUUGUUAACAUAGACAGCCUUCUGGGAUGUCUAGAAUUCUGGCAUAUGGAAUUUGGAAUAGUAAUUUUAGCUUCUCUGAUAUACCUGCUUUUAGAGAUGUUCCCGGAACAGGAUUCAGUCUCCUGUCUCCUUCAUUUACCAUGAGGCACAGAUAAUGCAUCUCUUCACUAGCCACUUGUCAAACAGUGAGAAGAUCAAGGCCUGGGUAUCGUUGUGUGUUCUAAGGAAUCUUGUUACUUCCAAAUGAAAAAGUUGGGGGAAGUUUUUGGCAGCCGAUGACCCAAACUGAUAAACCAUAGAGUGAAUUGAAUAAUGGGUCACACCAGACCUUCUUAUUAGCAAAAACAUCAUUGGUCCAUUCUUUCUCUAACUACAUUUAAGUUAUAUUUUAAAAUCAAGAACCUAAACUCAUAUGAGAAAUGUGAGACCCAUGUAGUGUCCCUUCUCUGCCGGGACAGAACACACUGGGGCUGGAGCUGAGCCAUUUCAUGCCUGGCUUCCAAAGAUAAUCACGUUUAGCACUUAUGUCUUUGGUGAAGGAAAAAAAAUCAAUUUUUGCUGUGGAAACCCAUCUGUGUUUAUUCAAUUGACAGAUACUACCUUUCAAUCUAUCUUAAAUUGAGCCUCCCCAAGGCAGGCAGCUCAACAGUGAUAGAUUAAGCAAUAAACAAAGCAGUCUCCCCACCAAGGGCUGCUGCUGGCAGGAAAGGUACAGCUGCCUUUGGGAGCCAUAUUCUACAGCAAGAUGAUCCGCCCUGGUUAGUGCAGACAAGGCCCCUCCCUGCUGAUGAUUUUAUGAUCCCCAUAAAUAGGCAUGGCUCAGCCCACUUCUGGCUGCUCUCACUUCCCCACUGAAUCGAGCUUUCUGCCUCAUUAGCAAAGCCUCUUUGCCCCCGCUAAUAAUUUGGUUCUUCAACUUAGAGGAUGAAGAGCCCGCAGGGAAACUAUUUAGAAGCUGCUACAGAUGAAGCAACGUCUCAUCCUGGUAGGAAAGUGCACACUGAGCAGAAGUAAAUGAACUUGACUGUGAGAUGUGGGAGAACCUGGGUUGUAAAGUUCAUGUUUCCGCCAAGAGGAGCAGUUGGUUAUUGGUUUCUGAGCCUCAUCGUGUGUCAGAUGGCCUCUAGCAAAAGAGAUUAUCUUUGUUUAGAGAAUGACGUGGUGAAUGGCAUCCUCACCUGUGGGCUAAAAGGUGGCGGCUAAGUCACUUUCCUCAGAAGCAGGAUAGAAACAAUUGCCCUGAGGGCCUGACUGUAUGAGGAUUGAAUGAACAAAUCAUGAUUUAAAAAAAAAAAGAUGUAGGGGGGAGAUGUGCACUUUCUUGCCAUUGGCUCUCUUCGCAUCCAUACUAGGAGGGAGAGGUUGUGAGAGAAUGGAUUAGAAUUCACCCUGGGGUUCAAGGAGGGGAAGAGCAUAUUUCACAAAAUUCCUGUAACUUUGGCUCCUUUUUUGUGGAAUGAGCUAACAGCCACAAAGAAGCAAGAACGCCUUACUUUAUGCGGCAGAUCUCUCUGGUUCUCUCCAUCUGUCUUCUCUCUUUCUCUGCCUCUGUGUGUGUGCGCACACACACGCUAUUCAGUGAAACCACGCCACCCUAAACUCUCCUUCCUUCUGUCUGAGUCUGCAUUGCUAUUCCUCCCAGCUACAUCUCUCCCACAGAGCAGUCACAACAACUUCAACACUGUUCCACUCUUGCUGUAACUUCGGCCUUCAAGGCCAGUGAGACAGCGCAACCAGUAAAAGCACUUACUGCUGAGUCAGACAUGCUGAAUUCCACCUCCAGAGCCCAUGUGGUUGAAGGCAAGAACUAUCCUGCUUCUGACCUCCACAUAUGCACCAUGGCACAUGCAGGGGCCCUCCACACAACCACUCCUCCCCUCCCCCCAUGUAGAUAAACAAAGGUAAUAAAAAGAAGUUUUGAAAUAUUAUAAUUUGGGCCUUCAAAGACAUCCUUUGUUAGACAAAGGAGGAUCAAGCAUAUGAUCCAGGAGAACAUAUAUUAUAGAGGAGUCAACAAAUAGCACACGAAGAACAAACUUUCCUUUUAUGAAACCUCAUGGUAGAAAUGCACUCAAUGGAGUUGAAAUACUUUCUUAAAGUUUCAAGGUUGCACAUGUAUUCACUGUAGGAACCUUGGGUUAGAUGAUUACAGUCCAUGAUUAAUUCAAAAGAAUAUUGCGUUUACCUCAUGUUCAUGGUCUAUAAAGUAUUCUCACACUCAUUACCUCAUCAAAGCAGCACAUUUCCCACUGAACGAAAAGCCCAUUUACAUCCUUUAGUAUGGGAAUUUAGAAGUAUUAAAGUCACUUACUUGUGACCAUCUAGCACUGAAUUAAAAGGUCCAUGGAAUCAUGGGACUGAAACAUGAGCUGUCAAAAUCAAACCACAUUUGAACUCCGAAAAGGAAAAGGCUGUUUCAUCCACUGCAAUUUAACCUGAUUUCAUUUUUCUCUGGUCUAAAUUAACCAUGCUGAAUGAGUCUGUGGCUCAUUCUGUGAAAAUGACAGUCAUUACUUCCCCCAGGUUCCAGGCGGUUUUGAUAACCCUAGAAAGAGGCUCCUUACUUUGGUACAAGGGAGUUAAUAGGGUUAUUGUUGUCUGUAUAGAAGUGGUAAUAACUUCCCCUGUUAUAAGGAAGUGUUAGAAUGAAGCUCCUAGGACUUAAUACAAAGCCCUGUUGCUACUCUAGAUGUUACCCAAAGGCCUGACCUAGUGAUAGAAUGAAAAGGGAUCAGGUAAAGGACUGAUCGAAGGCCAAGGCAGGGAUGCAGCACAAACUGGUUGAUCAGGGAAGUCCCUUAACUUGUACCUUCAUCCAACCCGGAGAUACACAUUAGUUGCAAGGACCCACUGAGUGACAUGGAUCUGUGGCUAGCUGAAAAACCUACCCAACAGGCUGCUUGGGGACACAUGCUUGUAAUCCCAGCACUCAAGGCACAAGAACUGUUACACAUUCCAGGACAGCCAGGGCUACAUGGUGAUAGUUUGUCUCAAAACAACCAAAAGAAAAAUCAAAUCAACAACAAAUAACUCAGCAAUGGACAAAGUCAAAGAAGAGGACCCAAGUCCGAACAAUUAACUCUUUUGGGGGUCAGGAUUCAUUGGAGCAAGGGUAUCAGGAAUGAGGCAGAGCCACUCACUCAUCCUCCAUCUUCCUUACUAAAUAAAUAUGACAAUGAAUGGUUUCCUGGAGCCUGGGGACCCAGGCUACAGGAAUGGCCUCUAAUAGAAAAACUAUUUCUUGGACUACGGGACUUGAGCAAAAACUCAAAUAAGAAAUAGGUAGUCUGGAUGCCCUGUUAGAAUCACAGAUCCCAUUCACUGUCUCUGCCCUCCCCGAGUUUAUACAUUUCUAGGAGAUAAGAUUUAUAUUUUCCACAAUUCACUCCCAGAGUAAUAGAACACAGAGAGACUCUCAUAACUUUAUGGUUUCUUAAGAGAAUAAUUUUAAUGGAUGAUAAAACUUCAUACAUUCAAGACUUCAUUAACUCCCAGGCAAGCUUAAAAGUUUUGGUAUAAUUCGGGGCCUCAAUAUUUAAGACACAUUGUAUAAUUUGGACCUCUUGUGUAUUUCAGACUUUCUUUGCAUUGGCCUUAGCUAUGCCUAUGACAAUGACAAAGGAAAAGUGUGUUCCCUAAACGAUUUUCUGUUCUGCAUGCUGAGCUUUCCUGAUCUGUACAUGACCUUUCUUGCAUUCGAGACAACAGCGUUUGAGAUGACACACUCCAGUGAAUUGUGAAACCACAUGACACAAGCUUCUUUGGUGUCAUUUUAUGUUUUGUUUUAAAUACUAGGCACAUGUUUUGUAAAUUGCAAUUGUACUUGUUAAUAUUAGCCAUAAAUAUUUAUUGCAUUGAAAAAUAUACUCUGUGUUAAAUAACUCAGAACGAGUUCCAGGUAUGGUACUCAGUGUAAAUAAUGUCAUAGCUUGGCUUUUCUAGACUCUUUGGAUUAAUGAAUUAUGUAGAAGAAAUUCACAACGUGAACAUGACUGACUCAGAUCCUUUGGCCUUUGCCAUGUGUGUAACUGUAUGGCCGUGUGAAACUUGCUCUGUACAAAGUGUGCCCUGUGAUUGAAUUCGGGGUUUCCCAGAAAUGCUUCCAAAACUACUGUCUUAUCCUGUGUGCUCUCUGUGACAGUAACUCAAAUCCAGUGUAGAGAACUGAAUGUUCAAAGUAGUAGAAGAUAGGGAGUUACUCUUAUUUCUUAACACAGUAAAACGUAAUUUAUGAACUGGACAGA